AUGAACCCUGAGUGGCUCCCGCUGACGGCUCGCUUCGACAGAUACGACUACCUCUUCAAGCUCCUCCUCAUCGGUGACUCUGGUGUCGGAAAGUCGUGCCUGCUCCUCCGUUUCGCCGACGACACAUACACCGAGAGCUACAUCUCGACCAUCGGUGUCGACUUUAAAAUCCGAACAAUCGAGCUCGAUGGCAAGACGGUGAAGCUACAGAUUUGGGAUACCGCCGGCCAGGAGCGCUUCCGAACCAUCACAUCCUCGUACUACCGCGGCGCCCACGGCAUCUGCGUCGUCUACGAUGUCACCGACAUGGACUCUUUCAACAACGUAAAGCAGUGGCUGCAGGAGAUUGACCGAUACGCAACCGAGGGCGUCAACAAGCUGUUGGUCGGCAACAAGUCCGAUAUGGCGGACAAGAAGGUUGUCGAGUACACCGUAGCAAAGGAGUUCGCAGACAGCCUCGGCAUCCCCUUCCUCGAGACCUCCGCAAAGAGCGCCACCAACGUCGAGCAAGCUUUCCUGACCAUGGCCCGCCAGAUCAAGGAGCGCAUGGGUACCACAACCGCCAACACCAAGCCCACAGUCCCCAUCGGCCAGGGCCAGGGUGUCCAAAACGGAUCCGGCGGUGGUUGCUGCUAG